AUGAAACCUCUUACUUCAAUCCUCUUCUUCUCAUUUUGCAUAAUCGCUGCCUUCUCAGAACCAACGCCGAUAGUCACUGCUUCUGAUCAACCUCAACCUAACCAAAUUCAAAUUCAGAAUGCUGUCGGUGCUAGCACUUGUGCUUACACUGUCACUAUAAAGACAAGCUGUAAAUCUCCAUCUUAUACCAGAGAUCGAAUCAGUCUUUCAUUCGGCGAUGCUUAUGGAUAUCAGGUUUAUGUUCCAAGAUUGGAUGAUCCUAGUUCAAGGACGUUUGAGAGGUGCUCUACAGACACAUUUCAUGUGAACGGACCAUGUACGUACCAAUUAUGCUAUCUCUACUUAUACAGAACAGGAUACGAUGGUUGGAAACCGGAGAGUGUCACAGUAUCUACCUUUAACUACCCACCUGCUACUUUCUACUACAACACUUUCAUUCCUAAUGGUAUUUGGUAUGGUUUUGAUAACUGUCGUGCUUAUUUACCAACCACUACUGCCGCAGCAAUCUAG